UCGGUAGAACCUUCCGAGAACCUUUGAGCCACGGAAGUAAAUGUUCCAAAUCCCUUUUGCACGCUCUUUAAUGGCAGCACUGGGAGAAGGUACAAGUGACAUUUUGUAACAAGUAAACCCAUUCAGAAUUGAAGUGUGCGAAAACCGUAUCGUCGUUUCGCUGCACACGCCGGUGAGAUAAAUGUCUGACUUACUGCAGCACGAUGAAUAUACCGGCUUCAAAAGCGAAGAAGAACGUCAGCGCCGCACAGGCUGCGCUUUCCGGUGCGGUAAUGAGCGUCUUUACAGACUGAUCGCGAACGCAAACGCCGGAGCAGCGCCGGCGGGGAGCGACGCGGCGGAUCCCGGCUUGUUGUUCUCCAACGAGGAGGACGUGCGCCAGAUCGAAGAGGCCGUGAAAGCGGCCAUAGCGACGGUCGUGAAGGUCUUCUGCUCCGUGAGCGAUGCGAGGAUGCAGGAGUGCCGGAGGGAAGCGGCCGAGAGGCAGCGAGAGAACCGCCGGCUCAGGGUCCGGCUGGCAGCGGCCGAGACGGAGCUGCUGUGGCUGCGGCGACUCGCGGGGCCGCUAGAGGGCGCCGGAGCGGCGGACGGAGACACGCGGGCCGCCCGACGCCUCCACUCCGAUCCGCCUGCAGCCGAGAGGGCGGAGAGGGCGGAGAAGAAGAGUGCGGUUGGCGACGACAAGUCAGCUUCGCGGAGUGUGGAUCAGGAGCUGCUUCUUGAACCGCUGUCGAGACGGGCCGCGGAGAGUCCUUGUGAGAGGACAGUUACCCCGGUAAACCCUCCAGCUAGGAAUGAUGCAGCACGCAUUCCAGAGGUUUCCUUCACUGAGGUUUCUGAUCAGCAGGGUCACGGGAGGAAGCCAAAAAGCGUCUCCCGCUCUGAAGUCCACUCGGAGCCGGAGAGGAACCCCAGGCUCUCCGCAAGCCCAGGAAAGCAUCUCCAUAUGAAAGAAGAGCCUUCUGACUUUGAAACCGUGUAUGUCAAGUGGGAGGUGUGUGAGGAGCAUGUCAGAAGACAGGAGGAUGACCCCGGGUCUAACCGUCUCUUGCGGAAAAAGGACGAGCCGCAUAUAAGCCCUGUAUCUUUCGGCACGUUACCGUCCCCUGGAGCUGGACCUCAGGACGCUGCGGAUGCCCAUGACGCCAGCUUGGUGCCAUCUGCUCUGUUGGGCAGGACAGCGGUGACCUCGCUGGCUCAGAGGCUGUCAAACCGAGAACGGCAGAAGCGGUACAGGGAGAAAAUCCGAGCGGAUCCUGAGCGGCAGCGGAUUUACAGGGAGAAGGACCGCUGCAGAUACCAGAAGAGGAGGAAGCUGAUCUGUGAACUGCCGGAACAAACUCAGAAGCUCCGAAGGCAGGCGUGGAGGGAGGCGGCAAGGCGCCAUCGUGCCCGGAAAAAAUCCUGCCUCCAAAUCGCCCAGUUUCCAAGCCUCGGGAACGUAGAAUCAGCUAUUAAUUCAACGGGUCACCCGGAAAGCUAGCGGCGAUACGGCCCCGUUACGGGGCCAUCCGGACUCCUCGCGAUGAUGAGUUCUCCGACAGCGAACUCGGAAAGCUCAAAAAAAUGUACUCAUCUAGGUAGCUUUUUAUGUACUCUUUGCGAUUUUAACAAUGACGCGC